AUGGCUCUACAGCAGGUGUCCAUGUUCUUCAGGUCUGAUCCUCAGUGGGAGGUGCAGGAGCCGCUCAAAGACCUCGGAUGGAGAAUCAGAAAGAAGUAUUUCAUGAUCAAGAACAAGGAGCAGCCCAAGGACAGGUUCCUGCUCAGCUGGGUGGACCUGGGUCCAGACAAGUUUCUCUCAGACAAAGAUCUACAGUCGACUAUCAAACUGCUGCAGAACACCUCUAGCCCACUCCUGGAGCCUGUGGUUUUCUCCAGCGUCAGUGAAUCAUCAGCUUUGAUCAUCAGAGCCUUCUGUGAGAGCGGCUCUUUACGAGAUCUACUCUACAAGGUGAAGCCUAGAGAGUCGUAUCUGAAGAAAUAUUGUAAUCCCAAAAAGAGCCAAGGACUCGACCUGAGAUCCAUCAAAGUCUACGGACGCAAUAUCCUGGAGGCCCUGCGGCUGCUGCAUGAGUCGGGUCUUUACUUCGGACACCUUCACUGCUGUAAUGUUGUGGUGGACGAGUCUUCGGUUCGACUUCUCGAUUUGGAAAACGCCUUUUUAGGAACUCCCUCAGUGACCAGACCUUUGCUGCGGCAGUUCAGGAAGAUCCAUAGCACAGAGGACAUAGACAUUUUCUCCUUCGGUCUCGUUCUGUUCGAGAUGACGUACGGUCGUCCUCCAGACGCUGUUCCUGUCCACCACUUCCCCGACAUCCCACACCCCGACCUCGGUUUGGUGCUUGAGUCCCUGUUGUCCUCGGAGGCUCUGAAAGCAGGACUUCCGUCUGUGUCCGAGCUUCUGCAGACAUCAUUCUUUGCUGACGUCCAGAUCUCAGAGAAACUACAUCAGAUCAAAGUCCCGAGUCGUUUGAAAGAAUCUUUGAAGUCGAUGAAGGAGAAACUGGAGACGAGACUCCAGGAGGAACAGAGACAGCUUCAUCAUCACAGACGCGUCUCAAGAGCUCAGUCUCAUCAUGGAUCUGACGAAGAGAAGAAGAGGAGGCGGCAGCUGGCCCGAAAGAAGUGUCGACAGUCGGCGUUUGAACCUGAAGAAGAGCUUUGUGUUCGCAACAACACCUCAGGUUCCGGGGCGAGCUCUCCUCACACUUGUCCUUCUUCGCCCACUCCCCCUACAGGUGCCCCUCCUCCCCCGCCUCCUCCCCCUCCCCCGCCUCCUCCCCCGUCUAUCCCAGGACCAUCUCCCGCGGCACCCUCUGCAGGUCGUGCCGCUCUGCUCAGCUCCAUCCAGGGCUUCAGCAAAGGUCACCUGAGGAAGGCUGAGUCUGUGGACAGGAGCCAGCCUCUGCUAUAA